CCUCCCCUCUCUCUCUCUCUCUCACUAACUUCUGGACUGCCCUUACAAUUCUCUAUAUAAGCUACACUCAUUCAUCCUUUCUUUGCACCAGAUACUCUCAAAGCUGUUUCUCUCUCUACUUCCUGUUUGCUUCUCAGCUUUAGUUUUAGUUUCUAUUGCAUUUUCCUUGGCUUACUAUGGCUACUGCUGAGGUAGUAUCAACACAGACUGCACUUGCAGAGGAAAAACAUGAAGAAGCGAAGGUUUCAGAGACCAUAAAAGAAGAGGCAGCACCAGCAGUAGAGCCAGUUGCUGAAAAGCCAAAAGAGGAGCCAAAAGAAGCUGAGGCGGUUGCAGUAUCUGAAGAAACUGUAGCACCAAAGGAGGCUGAUGCUCCGGCUGAAGUAGUUGUUGAAACUAAAGAGGUGUUAGAAGUUGAAGAGGCCAAGACUGUGACAGAAGAGCCAAAAGUAGAGAAAACUGAAGAAGAAGAGAAACCUAAGGAAGAAACACCAGAGCCUGUGGGUGUUGAAGAGACUCCAAAAGGGGAACCAGCACCAGACACCGUUGUUGAGGAGGCUCCCAAAGAGACUACCGAGGUUGCAACUGAGGCAGAAGCGCCGUCACGGGCACCAGAAACUCCAGCUGAAGCUCCAAAGGAGGAAGUUAAGAAGGAAGAAGGUGGUGAGAAGAAGUCUGAAGCAGAAGUUGCUGGUGAGAAGAAGUCUGAAGCAGAAGUUGCUGGUGAGAAGACUGAGUAAUGAGAUCGCAGGUUGUGGUUUUGUUGAAAGUUUGUGUAUGUUGGUUCUUGCAUGCCAUGCUGUAAUUUUCUUGUUGUAGGUUUUGGUUUAAUAAGAGUAGUGUUAGGGUAAUUGGUCUGGGUAUGGGAAUGUCCCACUUGGGUAAAACCAAUGCGAACUCACCACAUGGCAGACAUGCAUUUGCUACUUUAUGGAGAUGUCUUGGGUAUCCAUUGUACUAUGUGGCACCUAGCAUGUGUGCUUGUUGGUUCCAAGCAGGUCAUGAGUUUUAUAUACACUAUGGUUGUUUGAUGCUUGUAAUAAUAAAAUUUAGUGCAGAAGAUGCUACUUUGUUUAAUAUAA